AAAACUGCCAGUCAGCUUCUAAGGGAGGCUGAGGGUCUGAAGAGUCGUGUCAAUGGGUGUACCCAGCUAGUGGGCAAUAAUGAAGCCUGGGCUAUCCAACACCAACUGCAGGUGGUUUGUGGACAACUCCUCGUACACUGGAUUGAGUCGGCCUUGGACCAUGGAGUGGAGCGUGAUCUCUGGAACCUUGGCUUCAGGAACACCAUAACUCAGCUACAGGCUCAAGCUAAGGACAAACAGGGAGGAGCAAGUGAAGCCCGAGAUCUCCUAGGUUGGUUCCUCAACUCUGCAAGUGGCUUCUAUUUGCAACUUUUUAAUCAAAUAUGUACAGAAUAUGGACUGGACUUGCCUUUCCGGAGGAAAGACAGUAUCUAUGGCUCUAUCGAACUUAGUGGCUCCCCUCAAGAGAAGUGUAAAGGCAGCAGCCUCAAGAAUGCCUUGUACUUGUGCCAGUACUGCCUGGUGCACCUGGGGGACUUGGCCAGGUAUCGGCACCAAGCUAAGCAGGCUGAGACUUAUUAUAGACAUGCCGUUGUGGUUGCUCCCACAAGCGGUCACCCAUAUAAUCAGCUGGCUUUAUUAGAAGCUGGCAGAGGGAACCGUCUUGCUGCCGUGGCUCUCUACGUCAGGGCCAUGUGUGUGCCUUGUCCCUUUCCUGGUGCACCUGCCAACCUUACACAGACAUUGUCCAAAUUGCUUGCCAGCAGCAGCCGUGACCUGAGCGGUUCAUGCCGUGUGACAAGCGAUGAGUACACGAGUCUGUUCCUCCAGUGCCAUGCCCAACUGUACCUCAAUGGUGAUGUGAACAGUGCACGAAAGGCUCUCCCCACUCUUUGCUCGGGCCUGUCCACCUUGGUAGCUACAAGUGCUUUCACAAGAACUAGUCUGAUCCAGAUGGUCUUAGUGAACCUGUUUGCCCUGAAUUACUUCUCGGGGAAUGUGAAGGUGAGGACCAGCGAUGAGGCAGGACUCAGAAAGGAUGAGGAGAAGCAGGAGAAUCCCAAGGAUCCGAAGGAGUUGGAAGGUUGUCUACAUGUUGUUGAAGAGCUGACGGUGGGAAUCCUAGCUGCGCUUCUUUUGCCUGUCCACACCAUCCGUGACCCAGAUCAGCUGAUGACUUACCCAGCGCUUCCUGCAAUCCGUCUUUUGUUCGAGUGGGUGAGGUGCGAGGGAGGAGUGUUCAUGUCGGAGGCCAUGAAGGGGAAGCAGCAGAUCUGGCCAGGACUCUGCACCUUAGUCAACAACCUUCAGCAACCUCUAGCCUCCUUCAGUGCCAGUAAAUAUUCAGAAGUGCCGCUGGCAGAGGACUGGGACUUGCAAGGCUUUGAACCACUCCAGAAGAUGCUCAGUAAAUAUAAGUAUAGAGAAGGGCUCUCCAAGCCAAGUCCAGAAGAGUACAACUGCAUCCGAGCCUUUAGACUGACGGAAGUAGCAAAGUGGUUUGCUGAACAAAACAUUGAUGGGAACUCAGUCAUCAAGAUUCGGGAAGGAAGUGAAGAUGCAGUGGGUGGGUUGAUGUUUGAGCCGAUGCAGCACACAAGUCCUCCAGUUGAUGAAGUACGAGCCCUAGAACAACUCUCCCUCCAGCCAAAGCCUGAG